AUGUACUCAGAAAUUAUUGAAGAUGAGGGGAUGUAUACAUCUCCAAGAAAAAGAGAUAAUAAUAAUGAUGAUAAAGUUAGUUUAAUUAAUAAAGAUAGUAUUAGAAAUAGUAAUGACAGUAUUUCAUCGUCAUCAUCAUCGUCAUCAAAUGAUGAUGAUCAUAAUGUACCAAUAAAUCCAUCAGUAGAAUUAGAAUUUGAACAAUAUAUCAAUAAUCAUAGAGGCAAGAACGUUCAUCGUAGAAAUGUUAAAGCCGAUGAACUUAGAUCAGUUUUAGAAAGUACAAGAAUGGAUGAUGAAUUUAUAAAAUCCUCAAGUAAGAAAUCACGUAAAUUCUAUGAAAGACAAAACGAAUUAAUCGAAUCAAUUCUUGAACCAAUUGAAUUAUUAGAUCAUGGUAAGGAGGAAGAAGAGGAUUUUAAAGUUAAGGUUGCAAUCACCGGUUCCCUAUGUGUAAAUUGUUUAUUAUUUUGUCUACAAAUUUCAGCAGCAUUCGUCACAGGAUCACGUGCAUUAAUUGCAACAUCAGUAGACGCAUUCAUGGAUUUACUCAGUGGUUUCAUUUUAUUCAUGACAGAUCGUUAUAGAAAGAAAAAGAAUUUCAUACUUUACCCAACUGGCAAGAGUCGUAUGGAGCCAAUUGGUAUCAUCAUCUUUGCAUCAUUAAUGGCAACUGUGUCUUUGAAUCUUUUAUAUGAAGGUGUAUCAAAAUUAAUUUCACGUCCAGAAGACCCAGAAAUAACACUCUCAACAAAGAUUUUAAUGUACUCUUUGGUUGGUCUUGCAAUUUUAAUCAAAGUAGCAAUGUUUUUAUAUUGUCGUAGAUUAACUCAUUCAUCAUCUUCAAUGAUUUUAGCAACCGAUCAUAGAAAUGAUAUCGUGGUUAAUUCAUUUGGUGUUGGUAUGGCUAUUUUAGGUCAAAAUUGGGUUUGGUGGUUAGAUCCAAGUGGUGCAAUCGUUGUUGCUUUAAUCAUUUUACGUUCUUGGACUUCUGAAGCCUAUGAACAAAUUCAAUUAUUAGUUGGUAAAUCAGCAUCACCAGAAUUCCUUCAAAAAUUAACUUUUAUAGCUUUAACUCAUCAUCCUGAAGUACUUAAAGUUGAUACUUGUAGAGCAUUCCAUGUUGGUAAUAAUUUAUAUGUUGAAGUUGAUAUAGUCUUACCACCAUCAAUGCCAUUGGUUCAAACUCAUGAUAUUGGUGAAUCACUUCAAGAGAAAUUAGAAUCAUUAUCAGAUGUUGAUAGAGCUUUUGUUCAUGUUGAUUAUGAAUAUAAACAUAAACCAGAACAUAAAAGAGUUCAUUAA